AUGGCUUCUCGUAUGCUUUUAUUAGGUCUCUUUGUCGUAACUUGUUCUCUUGCUUCGGCUUCUGACCAUGGCCCGCUCCAAGAUUUUUGCGUCACCAUCCAAGUUGGAUUUGUGACGUCAAACCUUGAAAACUGUCUCAUCUCAAAAGUAUUGAAUAAAGGCGACGUUUUCGUGUUUCCAGAAGGUCUUGUUCACUUCCAGCAAAACGUUGGCAACUGCAAUGUCGUAGCUAUUGUAGGUCUUAGCAGCCAAAACCCCGGUGUGAUUACCAUCGCAAAUGUUGUUUUCGGAACAAACCCUGAUAUCGCCUCGUGA